AUGGGACAAGGACAAUCACUUGGUAAUCCUGAUAAGGAUCCAACAAAGAAGGAUCAAAAUAAACAAAAAUAUCAACCACCACCUCCACCAACUCAAAUGGGAAAGAAAAAGAGAAGAAGAGGAGCUGAGACUUCCACUAAGCUACCAGUUGUAGCACCACAUACCAAAUGUAAAUUAAAGAUGUUGAGAUUGGAGAGAAUUAAAGAUUAUCUCUUGAUGGAGCAAGAGUUUCUACAGAACUACGAUAUCAGUCAACCAAAGGCUGACGACUCAAAGAAUGAGAUGACCGACGAGAAGACCAUCGAUGAGAUCAGAGGUGAUCCACUUACAGUCGGUAGUCUCGAGGAGAUCGUCGACGAUAACCAUGCAAUCGUCAGUUCGGCGGUUGGACCAGAGCACUACGUGCGUAUCAUGUCAUUCGUCGACAAGUCCAAGCUGUUCCUCGGUGCCACUGUACUCUUGCACAACAAGACACUGUCGGUAGUAGGUGUCAUCGACAGUGAAGUCGAUCCAAUGGUCAAUGUUAUGAAGGUGGAAAAGGCACCACUCGAAUCCUACAGUGAUAUCGGUGGUCUUGAGUCACAGGUACAGGAAAUGAAGGAGGCUGUCGAGCUCCCACUCACUCAUCCAGAAUACUACGAGGAAAUCGGUAUCAAACCACCAAAGGGUGUUAUCCUCUACGGUGAGCCAGGAACAGGUAAGACUCUCUUGGCCAAGGCUGUUGCCAAUCAGACCUCUGCUACUUUCCUUCGUGUCGUAGGUUCCGAGCUCAUCCAAAAGUAUCUUGGUGACGGUCCAAAGUUGGUAAGAGAAUUAUUUAGAGUUGCCGAAGAGUUGGCUCCAUCCAUUGUAUUUAUUGAUGAAAUUGAUGCUGUUGGUACAAAGAGAUACGAUUCAAAUUCAGGUGGUGAAAGAGAAAUUCAAAGAACUAUGCUCGAGUUGUUGAAUCAAUUGGACGGUUUCGACGCAAGAUCAGAUGUUAAAGUUAUUAUGGCAACCAAUAGAAUUGAAACAUUGGAUCCAGCGCUUAUUAGACCGGGUCGUAUCGAUAGAAAGAUUGAAUUCCCACUGCCAGAUAUCAAGACCAAGCGUAGAAUUUUCGACAUUCACACAAGCAAGAUGAACUUGGCAGAGGAUGUAAAUUUAGAAGAGUUCAUCAUGUCCAAAGAUGAACUUUCUGGUGCCGAUAUCAAAGCUAUUUGUACAGAAUCUGGUUUGCUAGCCCUUCGUGAGAGAAGAAUGAGAGUGACUCACUCUGACUUUAAGAAAGCUAAAGAGAAAGUAUUAUACAGAAAGACUCAAGGUGUACCCGAGGGAUUGUAUAUGUAA